AUGCCAGUAAAUACGCCCUCUGGCGAUCCAGUUGAGGGAAGGCGUACAGCGUACGAAAAGCACAUUCAGGCAAUUGACACCGAACUGGCCCGGUUUCAGAAAACACUGGAUGGAGUGAUGAAAGACAAAGACAGGUUAACAGAGGAAAUUGUCGAUUUGCAAAGCCGUUCAAUGCGUGACAAUCUACUUUUUUUCAACAUUAAAGAGGGUGAAAAUGAAAACUGUUAUGAACUGAUCGAGAAAUUUUGUGCAGAUAAGUUGGAAUUAUCAGACACGUUACUGAUGGACAGAGCGCAUAGGAUUGGUAAAAUAAACCCUGGUAGGGAUCGACCAAUUAUGGUGAAAUUUAGCAGUUUUCGACAGAGGGAGCAAGUAAGGAAAAGUAGCUUCAAGCUGAAGAACACAAAGUUUGGUAUUGGUGAACAAUUCCCUAAAGCAGUUCAACAAACAAAAACCUUGCUGAUGCCUGCGUUCAAAAAAGCGAGAGAAGAAAAUAGGAGGACCGCACUUGUGAAAGACAAAGUGUACAUUGAUGGGGAACUCUACACUG